AUGGGUGAACCAGAGUACGAGAGUGUGGUGCUGGUAAAGCAGGAAGUGUUUGUGUACAAAAUACCACCCCGGCAGAGUAACCGCAGCUACCGGGCGGCCGACUGGAACCUGCUUGACCCGAUCUGGACCGGGCGGUUGCGAAUGGUGGCCAAGGGUCGGUCCCUGUGCGUGAAGCUGGAGGACAAGAGCAACGGCACACUGUUCGCCAACUGUCCGAUCGAAAGCUAUCCGGGCGUUGCGAUCGAGGCGGUGUCGGACAGUUCACGCUACUUCGUGCUGCGCAUACAGGAUGGCAAUGGGCGUACUGCCUUUAUUGGGCUCGGGUUCGGCGAUAGGUCCGACUCGUUCGAUCUGAACGUCGCACUACAGGAUCACUUCAAGUGGGUAAAGAACGAGGAAAAGAUCGAGAAGGAAAAAGUGGAACCGAAGCAGCAACUCGAUCUUGGCUUUAAGGAGGGAGAAACUAUUAAGAUCAAUAUGAAGAUUACGAAAAAGGACGGCUCGGAGGCAUCGUCUCGACUAACUGGCAAAAAAACGGGUGCGGGUGGUUUGCUUCCCCCACCCCCAGGUGGCAACAAGAUCAGCCCACCCCAGGCCGGAUCACCCUCCCAUCAACAGCUGCCGGCCAGCUCAUCGGCCACGGCGGCAACAGCAGGCGGACAGACGGAAUGGGGCGAAUUUACUUCCGCUGGGGUGCAAAGCACAACGGCCGAUGCAGCCGCAGCAACACCGAGCAAAACGAACGCCAACUGGGUACAGUUUUAA